CAGUGGUUAAGAAUAUGCCUGCCAAUGCAGGAGACACAGGUUCGAGCCCUGGUCCAGGAAGAUCCCACAUGCGGCGAAGCGACUAAGCCUGUGUACCACGACUACUGAGCCUGCGCUGUAGAGCCCGCGAGCCACAACUACUGAGGCCCGCGCACCGCAACAAAGAGUAGCCCCCGUUCGCCGCAACCAGAGAAAAACUGCACACAGCAACCAAGACCCAAUGCAGCCAAAAAUAAACAAACAAAUAAAUAAAUUUUUAUAUAUGUAUUUAAAAUUACUGAGAAAAAUUAAAGAAGACCUAAAUCACUGGAAAGAUAUUCCAUGUUCAUGGAUUGGAAGAUUCAGUAUUGUAAAAAUGUCUGUCCUUCUCAAUUUGAUCUAUAGAUUCAAUGUAAUCUCAAUCAAAUCCCAGAAAGUUCUUUGGGGUUAGAAAUUGACAAGCUGAUUCUAAAAUUUAUGUGGAAAUGCAAAGGACCUACAAUAGCCAAAAUGAUUUUGAAAAAGAACAAAGUUAAUUCUACCUGAUUUCAACGUUGCCUGUCAAUUACACUAAUCAAGAGACUGUGAUAUUAUCAAAAGUAUAUAGAUCAGUGGAACAGAAUAGAGAAUACAGAACUGAUCACACCUAUGAGGUCAAUUGAUUUUCUACCAAGGUGUACACUAAAACAAAUCAAUAGUGAAAAAAUAGUGUUUUUAAACAAAUAGUGCUAAAAUCACUGGCUAUUUAUAGGGCAAAAAUGAAUCACAACCCAUACCUUACACUGCAUACGAAAUGAAUUAAAUGGAUCAUAGACCUACAUAUAAAUAUAUGAAAGUGGAUCAUAGACCUAAAACUGUUAAUUUCUAGAAGAAAACAAUAGGAGAAUAUCUUCAUGACCUUGGGGUAGGAGUGCUUCUUCAAGAGUACACAAACCACAAAAGAAAAGAUUGAUAUGUUGAGCUUGUAAAAUUAUAAGCCAUUAAGAGAGUGAAAAGGCAACCCAUAGAGUAGGAGAUAUUGGCAAAACAUAUAACUGACAGAGGGCUUGUCUCCAGGAUAUUUAAAGAGUUCCUACAAAUCAAUAAGAGAAAGAUGAUCUGAUUUGUAAAAGAGGAUGGCAGGGAGGAGCAAAAGACUUGAAUGGCACUUUACAAAAGAAGAUAGCUGAAUGUCUAAUAGGUACAUGACAUGGUGUUCAAUGUCAUUUCUCACCAGGGAAUACAAGUUAAAGCCACUAUGCACCAUUUUUUUUAAAGAUGUAUUUAUUUAUUUGGUGGUGUUGGUCUUAGUCGUGGCACGUGGGAUCUUCGUUGCCGCGUGGGAUCUUUGUUGUGACACGUGGGAUCUUUUUUUUUUAGUUGCGGCAUGUGGGAUCUUUUAGUUGUGGCAUGCGGGAUCUAGUGCCCCGACCAGGGAUUGAACCCGGGCCCCCUGCAUUGGGAGCAUGGAGUCUUAACUACUGGACCACCAGGGAAGUCCCCACAAUGCAGUAUUACUGUACCUCCACCAGUAAGGCUAAAAUUAAAAGGACUAACAGUUCUAAGUGUUGGCAAGGGUGUGGUGCAACUGGAACUUUCAUUCAAUGCUGGAGGGAGUGUGAAUUAGUACAGUCACCUUGGAAAACUCUUUGACAGUAUCUAUGAAAGCAUUUUAAACACAUGCCUACCCUCUGACCAAGCCAUUCUCAUACCCAACAGAAAUGAGUACUUAGGUCCCUCAAAAGAUAUAUGCAAGAAUGUUCAUGGCAGCUUUAUUCAUAAUAGCCCCAAACUUGAAAUAAUCCAAAUGACCACCAACAGUGGAAUGGAUAAACUACGAUACGGUCAUAUGAUGGAACACUACACAGCAAUGAAAAAGAAACACUGCACUCAAUGACAUAGAUGGGUCUCACUAAAGAACAUGGACACAAAAUAGUAUAUACUGUGUAACUGCAUUGAUAUGAGGCUCAAGGCCAGGUAAAAUUAAUCUAUGGUGCUAGAAGUCUAGUGGUCCCACACUGUCCCACAUAAGUGCUAAAGCCUGUGAGAGGAGAGAGGGAGGCCUCUGGGUGUGAGAGGUGGGCAGGUGUCAGUUUAUAUACUGGUGGGUAGUGCUUGAAGGGAGAGUGGCUUCUGAGCCUCUACCUCUCUCCCUAGUACCUCUUGGCACAAUGGUGUGGACACAGCAGGUGUUCAAUAAAUGCUUGUUGAGAUAGCUCAGUGUCAGAAUGAACUAGUAACUUGGUGCCUCAGGGAUCUUUUCACUUAGAGAAAAAAUACAAGUGCUUGGCCUCCAAGUCAGUGCCUCUUGGCACCAAACGUGGUGAAUGGAAUGGUCUCAGGAGCCCCUCAAAAGGGGUGGGACCGUCUUAUCCAGCUCACUUUACACCUGGUGAAAGGUACCUGAGGUAACCAGCUGAGAAGGGGUGGGCAGGUAACUGAGGAAGUGCAUGGGGUCUGGAACCGAGAAACUGUUCAAAUCUGGCCCUGCCACUUUGCAGCUGUGUGAUUUUGGCCAAGUUAUUUCACCUCUCUGGUGGUCGCAGCUUCCAGGCCUAUAAAACGGGGAGAGUUCUGCCUACUUCAGAGGAUGGCAGGGUGGGAAAGUGGCAUCGUGCUUCCCUGAGCAGUGACUUAUCAGGAUCCCUCGGGAGGCGGCGGGGAACAGCCGGCGACCCCAGGGCGUGGUGGAAGUAAUGCUGCUGAGGUGGGCUCUGCAGGAGGACCAGAAGCCUGCGGCGAGGAUGGGCGGGGGGGCCGUGGUCAGUCAUGUCAGGGACCUCCCUUCCCCCACAGCCCUCCUCCAUGUCCGCGGACCUGCAGGGAGACAGCUCCUUACAGGUGGAGAUCUCUGAUGCCGUCAGCGAGCGGGACAAGGUGAAAUUCACUGUUCAAACCAAGAGCUGCGUCCCUCACUUCGCCCGGACCGAGUUCUCAGUUGUGCGACAUCAUGAAGAGUUCAUCUGGCUGCAUAAUGCCUACGUGGAAAACGAGGAGUACGCCGGUCUCAUUAUCCCCCCAGCCCCUCCAAGGCCAGACUUUGAGGCUUCAAGGGAAAAACUGCAGAAGUUGGGUGAGGGAGACAGCUCUGUCACGCGGGAAGAGUUCGCCAAAAUGAAGGAGGAGCUGGAAGCGGAGUAUCUGGCCAUCUUUAAGAAGACAGUUGCAAUGCAUGAAGUCUUUCUGCAGCGCCUGGCGGCCCACCCCACCCUGCGUCGAGACCACAACUUCUUUGUCUUUUUGGAAUAUGGCCAGGAUCUGAGUGUCCGAGGAAAGAACAGGAAGGAGCUCCUUGGGGGGUUUCUGAGGAAUAUUGUGAAGUCUGCAGAUGAAGCCCUCAUCACUGGCAUGUCAGGGCUCAAGGAGGUGGAUGACUUCUUCGAGCACGAGAGGACCUUCCUGCUGGAGUACCACACCCGCAUCCGGGACGCCUGCCUUCGGGCAGACCGGGUCAUGCACUCUCACAAGUGCCUGGCAGAUGAUUAUAUCCCUAUCUCAGCUGCACUGAGCAGUCUGGGAACACAGGAAGUCAACCAGCUAAAGACGAGCUUCCUCAAAUUGGCAGAGCUCUUUGAACGAUUAAGGAAAGUGGAGGGCCGAGUGGCUUCUGACGAGGACCUGAAGCUGUCGGACAUGCUGAGGUACUACGUGCGCGACUCACAGGCAGCCAAGGUGAGGGGUGGCCCCAGAGCAGACCUCAGGGCUAGAGCCACCAGGGAGGGCGGGCAGGCAGGCAAGGGCCGUGGGCCAGGGAUCCUGUGCCCCUGCCGGCCCCAGGACCUGCUGUACCGGCGGCUGCGGGCGCUGGCAGACUAUGAGAACGCCAACAAGGCACUGGACAAGGCCCGCACCAGGAACCGGGAGGUGCGGACCGCCGAGAGCCACCAGCAGCUGUGCUGCCAGCGCUUCGAACGCCUCUCCGACUCAGCCAAGCAGGGUAAGCCCCACGGCCCUGGAGCCCCUGCCACUGCACUGCUGACUCUGCCGGGGUCCCCAUUCCUCUCUUCUCCAGAGCUCAUGGACUUCAGAUUCCGCCGCGUCUCUUCCUUCCGCAAGAACCUCAUCGAGCUGGCGGAGCUGGAGCUCAAACACGCUAAGGUGAGCCCUCCAGCCUCACCGAGCCUUCUUGCUGCUUUCCUGGCUUCCCACCCCUGGGCCUCUAGGCUCUUAUCAAGUGUUUCGGUGCAUGGGUGGUGCGGUGGAGCUGCGGGGGGAGGUUAGGCUGCCGGGAGCAGCCCCAGCUGUUCAGGGCCACAGUUCCCCAUCUUGGAUCAGGACCGUUCCCUUCUGUCAUUGGUAGUUAGGCCUCAAUAAACGGUAGCUGUUAUUGCCGACCGCAGGGAUGGGGACAGAGGAGCUAUCCAAGGUGGGGUAACAGAGAGGGUAGCAGCAGAUGGGAGACAUCAAGAAUCUCUCCUCUGCAGGCCAGCACCCUGCUUCUCCGGAACACCCUUGUCAUCCUCAAGGGGGAACCUUAGAGCCACCAGA